AUGUUCACAUUAUCACCAGGUGAUGCUCUUGAUUAUGCAGCAGUUUUUGAAGAUGCUGCUGAAGAAUUACAUAUUCUUGGUAAACUAGUUCCACCACAUUAUCAAUAUACAGAAUCAGCUGACGAGAUUGUUCGUAAUCAAAUCGAACAUGUAUUAAAUGCUCAACAUAAAAUUGAAGAUGAUUAUGAUGCACAAAUAUCACAACGAAGUCAAUUACAUCAAAAUAAAACACAUGAUACACUUCAACAACCAAAUGCAAAAGAAAGUCAAAAAUUAAUGGAAGAAUUAAGUGCUGAAUUAAAAAAGACUACAGCGGAUUUAAAAACAGGUGUUAAUAAAAUUAAUCGAAUGUUUAAUCAAAAUCCAUUAACAGCAGAUAAUAUGAAAAAAGUUGAACAAGAUCGUAUUUAUUUUGAAAAAUUAUUAACAAAAUCAAUUCUUGCUCUUAAUGAUCAUAAAUCUAUUGAACCACUUAAAAUGAUGGUUGAAAAAGAACAAGAAUCAAAAAGUCAAUUUAUUCAUGUCGUUCGAAGUGAAGAAGAAAGUCGUCAACGAAUAAAAGAAUUAGCACAAAGUAUUCAAAAUAUUCGUCAAGAAAAAAUUACGGAAUUAGCACGACGUGCUGAAGUAAUAGCUUAUCAAAAAGAUCAAUUACAAGAAGCAAAAGCUAAAGCACAACUUGAAAUUACAUAUGAAAAGAAAAAAUGUGAAAAUCAUCUUGAACAAAUACGUGAACGUUGUUUUAUUGCUGAACAAGACAUGCGUCGAGAACAAGAGGCAUUAGAAAAUCGUUCCGAAGACGAAAUGAAAUGUAAUUCCGAAACAGAAAAUUUCUUACGUGUUUUUAUAAAAGAUACAGGUCAAAAAACUGAUGAAUGGCUUGAAAAAUAUAAUCAAGAAACAGCUGCCUUACAAACUCAAUUAGAUAAGUUAAAAGCUGCACGUGCAACUGAUUUAGCAACUUAUCAAAGAAUUGCUGCUGAUUUUACUCAAUAUGAAAAAGUUGUACGUGAUGAUCGAGCAGAAAAAGAACGUCGUCGACGACAAUUGGAACGUGAAGAACAACAAAUGACUGCUGCUGUUAAAAUACAAUCAUGGUGGAGAGGAAUGCUUGCUGAUUGUUAUAUAAGUCGAAUAUUUUAUCCAGUAACUAUAUUCUUAAUUGUGAUUGGUACAAUACUUAAUUUAUUUUCUUUAUAUUGUUUUCUUAAAAUGAAUAAACGUAAUUCUCAAAAUGUUUAUUUAUCGGUAUUAUCAUUAGGUGAUACAAUUAAUCUACAUAUUAAUUUUACUCUACCAAUAUUAAGACAAAUUGGAACAUUUGAUGAUUAUUUUCGUAAUUCAAAUAUUUUAUGUCGUUUAACGGGUGUAUUCACAGAAUUUUUUUUAAUAUUUCCAACAUGGAUUAUUGUUUUAUUAACAAUGGAACGUUUAAUUUGUAUAUCAUGGCCAUUAAAACGUCGUCCAUCUUAUACACAAAUACGAGCAAAAAUAUCUAUAAUUAUAUUAGCAAUAAUUGUCAUAUUAUUAAGUAUAUAUCGUUUAUUUGAUUUAAAAGGUAUUGAUCAAGUUAGUGUAUUUUCUGUUGUUGCAUGUAAUGGUACACAUAAAUCAAUUGAUUUUAUGAGAGAUCUUAAUUUAAUGAUAUGGGCUAUAGUACCUGAAUGUUUUACAUUAAUAAUGAGUUUAAUUAUAAUAUAUCAAAUAAAAUUAGCUACACAAAAAUUUCAACCAAAUCCUUCUAAAGCUCGUCAAUCACAAUAUAAUCAAGCAACAAAAACAGUUUUACUUAUAUCAAUUUUAUUUCUUUGUUUUCAUACACCAACUGGUAUAAUGAUUGCUCUAGAUUUAAUUUAUGGACAUAAUGAAAAAACAUUGGGUAUAAUGAUAAUUCUUGUUUCAAGAAAAUUGACUAUUAUUCUUUAUGAAAUAAGUUUAUGUUGUAAAUUUUUUAUUUAUAAUCAAACAUUUCGAAAUUUUAAAGGAAUUUUACAUACAUCAAUUUUUCGUUUUACUCGUCGAACAAAUUCAGCUAAAUUAGGUCGACCUGCUCUUGAAAAUUCACGUGAUUGUCCACAACAUCGAACAAUUCAUUUCGGUCCAAAAAAACAAUCAAUUACUUCUCCUGGAAGUCAAACUGAUUCAUUGUUAAAAAGUGUUGAAGAACAUCAUAAUAUCGUUAAAAAUCAUACUCAACGAACACGAUCAACAAGUCUAUCAAGAAUAAAUCGAGAACAUCAAACAAUGGCUGUUCAUAUGAAUAAAGCAACCGAAUCUAUACAAGUAUCAUCAACACGAACACCUGAGUUGUUAAGAUAUUCAAAAGAAAAACGACAACCAUUAUAUCUUACAGGACAUCAAAUAACGUUAUGA